AAUAUUGUUUGUUGCAGCAUUUUGAUCCUCCUAUAGGCUCCUCCACUGCAUGAUCCUUUAUAUUUUUCAAUUAAAAUAUGUCAUCAGGAGCACCCAAUCAUGAUAAUAAUUCAUCUCCUGUCAUACAAACAGUUGAGAUGCAUACUGGAGGAGAGCCUGUAAGAAUUAUAGUCAAAGGGUAUCCUCAAAUUCCAAGUGACACCAAUAUAUUAGCAAAGAGGUCUUAUGUGAGAGAUAAUUUGGACCACCUUCGUCGUAUGUUAAUGUUUGAGCCAAGAGGAAGCGAGGCAAUGUAUGGAGCACUGAUUGUAGAGAAAGACCUACCUGAGGCUAGCCUGGCCGUACUGUUUAUGCAUGGAGAAGGUUAUUCUACAAUGUGUGGUCAUGCUACUAUUUCUCUUGGCCGGUAUGCAAUUGAUUACGGCAUAGUCCCUCCCGUGACUCCUUUAACGACUUUCACAAUGCAAUGUCCCUGCGGCCCAGUAAAGGUCAAAGUUCAAUACGAGAAUAAUAAAUCUGGUGCAGUUUCCUUUGAAAGCGUGCCCUCAUUUGUUGACGCCGAUAAAUUGAAUCAGAGCGUAUACGUCCCUUCGCUCAAUAAAUCCAUCCCAUAUGAUAUUUCUUAUGGUGGGGCUUUUUAUGCUUUUGUUGAUGUGGGAAGCGUUGGUCUUGAUUUUAAGCACUCGUCAAUGGCAGAGUGUCGGGAAAUUGGAGGCUCUAUCACAGACGAGUUGAGGAAAACAAUAAAGCUCUCUCAUCCAGAUCCCUCUGCUUCAGAUUUGGAGUUCUUGUAUGGAACCAUACUGAUAUCAUCAGAGGGUCAGCAGUUGUGCAUUUUUGCAGAGAGACAAGUUGACCGUUCUCCUUGCGGCUCUGGAGUUUCUGCAAGACUAGCUCUAGAAUAUCAUCAGAAGAAAAUUAAAUUAGGUGAAGCAAAAAGAAUCUCUAAUCCUUUGACAGGGUCUGUGUUUGGGGGGCAGGCUACAAGGGAAGAGAAAUUCUUUGGAGUCAAUGCUGUUGUAACUGAAGUUAAAGGAAAUGGAUAUUACACAGGGGAGUCAAAAUUUUGGUUAGAAGAGGGAGACAAAAUUGGAGAAGGAUUUUUACUGUAAGACACUUUAUGUCAUAAGUACAAAGGGACAAGUGUUAAUUAAUAGUUAUGCUUUGUAAAUGUGUAACUGGUUGUGUAUGGCCUUUGUAGCAGCUCUUCGAAA